AGGACCUCACAAAUGCGAGUGCCACUAAAUUUCCUCUUAUUCUUCACCGAGACCACCACCCUACGCUGGGAAAUCUCCGCUGCGUUUCUCGACGCUUUCAGUUCAGUUUUGACAAGUUUUAUUUUUUUUUAAAUCGGUGCGUAUUGAUGAUUAAACUGUUUUUUUCAGAACGAAUCCAGGCCAUAUAUUUAGUCUAGCCAGUGAGAAAAAAAAUCUCUCCUAUAUCCACAAGAUGGCCGCCGAUGUGGGAUCGAUGUUUCAAUAUUGGAAGAAAUUUGAUCUACAGCUGCUUCAGGAGGAUCAGCAGAUGAUGACUGCAUCAUCGCGGGUUUCUGAGCCCAGGUGGCAGCACUGAGCUGGUGCAGCUAGGAGGCCAAGUCCACCUUUCCGGGGGUCUAUAAGCAGCUGCCAGUGGACAUAGACCCUGCCCCCAUGCUGGAAGCCGCGUGCUGUCUGGAGGAGCGGCUGCCCCAGCUCCCGAACGCAGACUCUGCAGGCGCAGGCGUGGUCAGCCAACCCAGCAGGCACUGGGGGAGACGCCAAAAGUGCCCGGCUCAUCCCGAACGCUCAGUGGAUGGAUUGGCUACCAUGGCAUCAGAGGGAGGCAAAAUUGCAAAGCCUGUCAGAGUCAAAGCGUGCUCUGAACGGAAAUACACUAGCCAAUCAGAGGGGGAGGCCGAGGAGGCGGAGAUGGCCGUAGCAGCCAGGCUAGCAGAGGCUGAGGAGAACAUCCGGGUCCUUCAUUCAGCGCUGACAGCCACGCAGAGGGAGCUGCUGGACCUGCGCUGCAAGUACAGAGAGGAGAUGGCCUCCAAGACAGCAGAAAUUGUGGCGAUGAUGUCUGACCUGGAGAAGGCGAACCAGAGAGCAGAGACAGCACAGAGGGAGGUGGAGAGAUUGCGGGAACAGCUGGCAGCCUGCCCCCCAGCACAGGGUGCCACCAAGGAGAGGGCGGAGUCAGCGCGCAGUGCGUCACAUGUGAGCGCCGCCCUGCUGGCAAAAGACAGGGAGACAGCGCGGCUGCAGGAGGAUGUGCAGGCACUCCAGCGCACCAUGCAGGACACCCAGGAGCGCUCAGCCAAUCACAUCGCGGAGAUGGAACGGCAGCUCGCCACGAAGGCAGAAGCUAUAGAGAGGCUGGAAGCCAAACUGCGAUCUCAACUGGAUUAUGAGAAAAUUAAAACUGAACUCAGCAUUCUGAAGUCCAUGAGGAGGGUCUCAGCCAAUGGAAAUUGUUUGCAGGGCUCUCCGAAGGCUGCAGAGACCAUGGACAGAGAGAUGGUCCAGAAACGCAAAGGGGACAAGCACGGCGUCCCAUGCAGCUCUGAGGAACGUCGGUCGGAGGACGAGGCUCUCAGGGAGGGGGGGAGGCCGGAAGGGGCUUGUGGCUCUCCUCAGGGGGUCCUGCAGUUGGACAAGAGUGAAUCAACCAGCCCGGACCUAUAUCCCAGCCCCCACGGGCUCCCCCAGCGCCCUUACAAGCCGUCUCCCCUCCCUGCUGAAAGGCUGGUCACCGAGCCUCUGCUUCAGAGGCCGGUCUUCUCCCCUCCCUACAAGAAGGAAGGACCUGCUGUCUCGCCUUUCCCCAUUAACCCCCACCCCACCUCGAAGGCUGGGGGCAGGGCCGAGGAUGGGGAGGCGGAGCCUCCUGGCAGCCAACCAGAUGGCGGGGGUGUGGGAGAGGAGGAGCUACUGGAGACGUCUGAGAUUGCCCACCAGGUGAAGGAACAGCUGCUGAAGCACAACAUCGGGCAACGUGUGUUCGGGCACUACGUGCUGGGCCUGUCGCAGGGUUCCGUCAGUGAGAUCCUGGCCCGGCCCAAGCCCUGGAGCAAGCUCACCGUCAAGGGCAAGGAACCGUUCGUCAAGAUGAAGCAGUUCCUGUCCGACGAGCAGAACAUCCUGGCUCUGCGGACCAUCCAGGUUCGCCAGCGAGGCAGCAUUACUCCUCGCAUCAGAACCCCAGAGACUGGGUCUGAUGAUGCAAUCAAGAGCAUCCUGGAGCAAGCCAAGAAGGAGAUCCAGUCACAGAGAGGAAACGAUGGCAAGCCCCCCCUAGAUGGCCCUGUAACUGGUGGCGGUCCCAGCGGAGGUAACUCUGGGAGGAACAGUUCAGACGACACCAUCAAGAGCAUCCUGGAGCGAGCGCGGAUGGAGAUGCAGGCCCAGCGGCAGCAGCAGGCGCUGCAGGAGAUGGAGACAUGCGGCUGGGCCCCCAGCCACCCCCCACCGCCUCUGCCCGCCACUGUCAAAAGGGAGGAGGGGGCCGUUUGCCCCCAGGCCCCCUUGAGUGUCCUCUCCCCGGCUGCCUUUGUGCAGAGCAUCAUCCGCAAGGUCAAAUCUGAGAUUGGGGAACCAGGAGCCUACUUCGAGCACCACUGGGCCGUUGAGCGGGACGCGGCAGGCACACGGCCCUUGAGCCCCGCCUCCCCCUCACUUUCAUCUUCCUCAUCCUCCUCCUUCUCCUCUUCGGGGCGUCAGCCCGACAAAGACAGGAACAGCGAUGGUGACGAGGCAGCGGCAGGCGAGUUGGGGCCGCGGCCGGUGGUGAAGAUGGAGGCAGCAGAGCUCUCGGUCAGCGGGGACCCCCAGGGUGCCAGCGGUGGCUCGGCCUACUACGCUGCCUACAUUCCACGGGCCCUCAAGCCCACAGUGCCGCCGCUCACCCCCGAGCAGUAUGAGACGUACAUGUACCGCGAGGUGGACACCAUCGAGCUCACACGGCUCGUCAAGGAGAAGCUGGCCAAGAGUGGCAUCUGCCAGCGGAUCUUUGGGGAGAAGGUGCUGGGCCUGUCCCAGGGAAGCGUGAGUGACAUGCUCUCCCGUCCCAAGCCCUGGGGCAAGCUGACCCAGAAGGGCCGUGAGCCUUUCAUCCGCAUGCAGCUGUGGCUGCAGGACCAGCUGGGCCAGGGCCUGAGCCAGCCGGCCAAUCAGAGCCUCUGCCCAGAUACAAAUCCUGUUCCCAUGAUGUCACACUGCCCGCCAUCACCCCUCCCCAGCCCCAAGGAGGAUGGGUCGGAGCUUGAGGUGGAGCCAGUCGCCCUGUCCAGAGAGGGCAGCAAGGAGAACCAGCGUCCAGGAGGCCCCGCCCAUCUCCAGGAGCCAGCCUCCAGGGUGGCCCCCCUGCGGCCAGGCACGUGCCACGCUGCGCUGGGCAUCCAGGACCUUGUGGGCCUGUCCCCCGAGCUUGACACCCAGCUGGUCACCAAGAGGGUGAAGGAGGUUCUAACUGACAACAACCUGGGCCAACGCCUGUUCGGCGAGAGCGUCCUGGGCCUGACGCAGGGCUCCGUGUCGGACCUGCUUUCCCGACCCAAACCCUGGCACAAGUUGAGCCUGAAGGGCAGAGAGCCCUUUGUGCGCAUGCAGCUGUGGCUCAGUGACCCUCAUAACGUGGAGAAGCUGAGGGACACCAAGAGGAUGGAGAAGAAAGUCUGUAUGAAGAGGAGAUAUGGGCUGCUGGGCCCAGGUUCGGACAGUGACUCGCCCAGCAGUCGUUCUGACAGCGUGAGCCCGGGGAUGAUGCCCACUGGGGACCCCUAUGGCCCGGCCAAGAAGCCCCGAGUAGUGCUGGCAUCCCAGGAGAAGGAGGCUCUGAUCAAGGCCUACGUCCUAGAGCCCUACCCAUCCCAGCAGACGGUGGAGAUGCUUGCCUCCCAGCUCGGCCUCAAGACCAAUACGGUCAUCAACUGGUUCCACAACUACAGGUCUCGGAUGCGACGCAAUGUCCAGAAAGAGUCGGGGCAAGAAAACGACGUGGAGGUGGAACCUUGUAGCCCCUCCCCUUCAGAACAAAGUCCCGCCUCUGAUUGGCCGGAGGGACACCGGGAUCUGCAUCACAGCAGCCCUCCGGGCUCUGCUGGGGCCCUUGUUUCUGUCAAAAUGGAAGAGGAGGAGGAGGAGGAUGUUCUGGCUCUGGAAAGAUCCCGAGAACACGGAGAGGCGAAUCAUGUCAACAAGGGUGUCAGAUUCCCCCACCUGGUUAAAAAGGAAUUUGAAGACCCAGAGGGUAGCUGCAAAGAACUGUCACCUGGCCAGUGCUGUCCCAAAAGCCUUCAGAAGGAUGAGGUACCAUCCAGCCGGGGUCUGGGAGCCUUCCUGGAAGCACAGAGAGCGGCCCCAUCAGGGUCGGAGGCUGAAGACCCCAACAAGUCUUCAGUGGAUCCUGUCAGCUUCAAAGCAUCCUCGGAGCCUUCACGUGGCAGCUUGGAAGUCUCCCUCAACUCUCCAUCCGCCGCCUCCUCGCCUGGCCUGGUCGUGUCCAUCUCCCCCAUCCCAUCCUCCUCAGACCCCAUCUCCCCCAGCCCGCCAAACCCCAAUGGCGGCCGUGACUUGGACCCCCUGCUCCCACCCUGCCUCAGGCUUAACAGGAGUGCCCAGAAGCGAAAGGAAAAGGUGGCCAACUUGAACAGCAUCAUCCACCGGCUGGAGCGUGCUGCCAAUAAGGAGGAGACACUGGAAUGGGAGUUCUGAAGAGCGUCUCCCUUUACAUCUUUUAUAUGACACAAGUCUAGUUGUUUCUGAGACUCGCAUUCAACCUAUGGGAGAGUCUCUUUGAAAUAACCGAAUUUUACAAAUGGUGCUUUUUGGUGGGGGUGGAGUUACUUAUUUGGGGGUUGGGCUUAAGUGAAGAGGGCGGGGUUAUGCUCUAGGGGUGGGACUACUUGCCAGCAGAGGUGGUCUGGUACUGUUUCCCUCAACUUUCUUCCUACCUUUUCAGGUAUGGGUUGACCUUGCCACGAACUUAGAACAUGUCCGAUACAUUAGUUAAAGACUUUUAGGGGGAAAGAAAACUAUAAAUGUUUUAGGUAUUUUAAUAAUGGAUUCUACUUUCAGAUAUACUGUAUGUAACAAACCUUGAUUUUUUUUGGUUUUGAGAAAAGGAAAGAAAUGGAAAAAAAACACUGAAGGGCAAGACUUCAGAAACUUAUAGAGAUGAAAUGCACUCAGUUUGCCACUGGUUGAGAUUAGAAGACUUGUCUUAAGCCAUCAAAAAUACCAUGGUUAUUCACAGUGAGAGACUGGCAAGUUCUGCCCCCCCUUUUAGAUUGUCAGAGGCUUACCUAACAAACAACCCUCCAGACUUUUUUAGAUAGUCCACAAAGACUCUAAAUUGCAAGCAACACGCGUCCUUGGGUCCCUGGUGACACAUUGUAACACAUCUGUGAUAGGAACCGCGUGUGUGUCGUACGUCUCAUAGCUGGGCUGCCAUGAACCCCCCCCCCCCCCCCCCCCCCCCC